GGCAAAUCACCUAACCUAAAAAAAACUCGUAUUUUUAUUUUAAUUUUUAAAUUUUAAACUAAUAAAUUUUUAAAGUUUCUGAAUAAACCAUGGCCUCGAAAACCAAAAUACUAAACCUUUACAAAGCCCUUUUAAGAGAAUCACAAAAGUUCAGCACUUAUAAUUUUCGUUCAUAUGCUGUGCGUAGAAUACGGGAUGCAUUUAGGGAUAAUAGAAACAUAACCGACUCGGAAUUAAUAAAUAAUAGAAUAUCGGAAGCACGCAAGAAUUUAGAUUUAAUUAAAAGACAGGCCCUGGUUAGCCAAAUGUACCAAACCGAUAAGCUAGUCAUAGAAAGAAUUCCUAGAACCUAGGUAGAAGUAAAUUUAGGUACCCUUAUGUAGUUAUAAAUAUAAAAGAAUACUCUCAGAUACAUUGCCUUUAUGCUGCAUUAUUAUUUAGGUAUAAAAAUUUGAUUAUUUCUUUCAAAUAAAUGUUUGAUUGUUUAGAAAGGAAAGUGUAUUUAUUCUCAAAAUUUAUUUACAAAACUUUUCAUUUCUUUUCUAUCCACUUGACAAUGCCUUUCCCUAAAAUAUAAAAGUCCUCUAUAAUUGCAUCUUCGUUCAAUUCCAAUUUACUGUUCACCAGUUUUUUGCCAUUUAUGUGAGCAAC